ACUCAUUCACGUGGUUUUGUUGGAUAUACAACUUGAAUCGACUUCCACUUCCGGUCAUAACAAUGGAGGAUGAGGAGGGGGAUUUAAGAAACGUGCAGCUGGUUUUUCCUCAAAAUGGAAAUAUUGAAAACUAUUCCCUCGAAGAUCUGUGUGACAAGAAAGCAAUAUAUGUAGGAGAAGCAGUUGAAAGUGCAAUAAUUGUCACUUGCCCCAACGAAAAUCAGAAAGAAGCGUGGAAACGACGGAUAACACAGCUCGCCGGGCACUGCUGUUUUGGGCAGAUCAAUAACAGCCCCAAGAAAAAGGCAACAGCUGCGAAAUCAAAUAAUGGCAGUGAUUCUUUUGUAACUUGUUCAGUUUCUGCCACAUACAACACAGCUAUUUUUAACAGACAACCCUUGUCAGCACAACCAACCAGCUCUCUGAUCGUGAAGCCAUAUUUCUUCAAUGACAACACAUUCAUCCUCCCUCUACAAACAGUCCUGAACAAUCUCUCCACCCCCUGCAAUGACCAGAAAGUUUUGUUCAGUGUCACAGUCUGGCUGUGUGCAUCACCGGCGAAGCCAACACCGGACCAGGAGGCCAAGAAAGACUUCCAGCUCCACAGCUUUGUCAGUCUCAAGAGCAAGACGGUGCAGGAGAAAACAGUGAGCAAGGAGCUGACCGUCAUCAACCCACCUGUCCUGGCCAUGAAGCAUGUUUCGGCAGGGGGGAGACAACUCCUGCUUCUACAGAUCAACAACACGACGGGGAAGUCUCUCCUCAUCCAUGACUGCAGCAUCCUCCCCAACAAGAAGGAAGACAAACCAGAGUCCAGCGACAGUGACUCCACUGAUAAUGAAAACCCCUUCUCACGGGAAAGUGGGUGUGGUCUGAUCUCCUCGCUGUCGUCCGACUCCCUCUCCUACCCUGUCACACUGCUGAGUCAGGAGAAGCUGUCUCUUGCCUACACACUAGCAACUGAAGACCUCGACGCAGAGGUCAUGGAACAGGAACUGACCUUGAAGGGGUUUCUGAAGUGGAGUCACAAGGAUGUGAUUGGAGAAAAACCAGAAAUAAUAACUGUCUUCAACCUGCCAAAGUUACGAAUAAGAAGAGCCCCCUUUACGGUGUCAAUAUCCGGCAACACCCAACCCAAGGUUGGAGAAAGCUUUACCCUGACGUACAACAUCGUCAACAGACUCCAGGAUUUCCUGAGCAUGAAGCUGUACUGGAACGUGGAGACCCAGCUGUCCACCUUCAGGGAUGUCGUGGAGGAUGUUCUGCCUCGGAAGCAGUUGGAGGACUUGAAGAAUUCUGUGGUGUGUCACGACCCGGACGUUUAUGUGGGAGCUUGUCCACGAGGCUGCACUAUGCCGGUCAGUGUGUCCUUUCAGCUGCUGAAGACAGGACUCUACGAGUUUGGAGAAAUGAUGAAAGUGAACCUCCGCUACGCACUCCCGGACUCCCAGAGCACCCUGAAGCAGGACUCGGUCGGCACUCCUGUCUCCAUUGACACCCCUUCCACUCUAUCUGCGGAGGACCAGCUGGCUGCCUCAGAGGAGUUGUGGCGGGACCGGAGUGGCAGCACGUCCUCACUCCACACUCCCACAUCACACUCCGCCGAGGAGAGACGCAAGACCUUCGCCACCAAGUCCUACUCUUUUGGGGAUCUAGGACCAACAUUGUCCACAGACUCCGAUGAGGCUCAGAGAAUCAAAUUCAAGACAAUCAAACGGUCAUCAGCGGUCCCUCCCCCGCGUCCCCCCCCUCCUCGUCUGUUGACGCAGAUUGAAAGAGAUGUCACAAAUCCUGCAAAUUUCCUCAAGAAAAAUUUUGAGAUCUACGUUCCGUAACUUGGCGCUGUUGUCUGAAGUCCGAAGGUGUUGGACGACACUGAAAGGAAGACAAUAUACAUCUUCCAGAGGCAAGGGAGUAUACUAACUGUAAAAGUCCAGUUUCAACCCUUGAUAAACUAUGCUGCAAAUAUGGAGUUAUAUUUUGGCUGGACAUUUUGUAAGCAACAUGGAUUUCAAUGUGCAUUUUUCUGUCGACUGUAGAAUUUGCAACAGAUGGGUACGCCAGAUAUUUUCAAAAUCUUUUCAGGUUUUUUUUAUCAAGUUGUCACAUGAUUUGAUGCACUUUGCGAGGAAAGACCUGUUUUAUUACAAUAUAGAUCUUGAUCAUCGAUCAGAUCGUCUUGAC